AUGCCCCAGCUUCUCAAACACAACGCGCAACAAUCAAGGCCAAGGACCGACUAUGAGCGAUGGCUUGGAGAUAGAAAUCCGGACUUCCAGGCUGCCAACAGUCCAGGGUAUCAUUCACCCAUUACAGUCAUUGGCGAAAGCUCGGUAUCUUCCCCUGGUAGCCAGGCGAACUUACGCCAGCUCGGUAGUCCAACACAUUCAGAUGGUGUGCACUACCGGGGAGAACAUAAGCACCAUGGCUAUUUCAUGGUCGAGCCAGGUACACAGCCAGUCCCUGGGCUGGGAAGACCUUCCAGUGCGGCCCUUUGA